UGUUUAGCGAGCGGCUUAGCAAAACGAGUCCCGGAUAACGAGCUAUAAAAGACUCGUUUCAACUUCCUGAAUCGCUAGUCUGCGACGAGGAAUUAUACUCUUUACACUAUUCGGGAAAUCUGGGGACAGAAUGACACGUCUCAGCAUCUUCUACUUCAGUCUCUGCUCUCUCGCAAUUCUGGCGGAAUCAACGCUCGCCGGCUCGUCAACGACGAUUGAAACUUCGAGGAGCAAUGAAUGCGACGCGAGAAAUGUCAUCGAAAAACCUCAUGCAGAUAUACUGAAGUCAAAGAGUGUGAAAAACGAUUCUCAAGGUUCUUUGGUGAACCAGAGCUACGUGAAAAGUGCGAUUCAAAUUGGCGAACGAUCUGCGGCUGGUGUAUAUUUGAAUAAAAUAUCAGAUGCAUCCACAACUCCAACUGUCAACUCCUCGAACAACUCUACGAAGGUUCUACAGUAUACAAAAUGCAUUGAGAAUCGAGAAAACGAUGUGUCUCCGUCGAAUCAUGAAAACCGAUCGGAUGUAGAUCUGUUGUCGCGCGAUAUAUUACUGAAUCCUUUUGAUGUAAUAUCUCCUCAUCUGACUCGUCUGACUCGCCAGGAUAGAAAAAGCGACACGAAUUACUCUAAUCCUUCAUCGGUCAAGAAUAACGCCGAACUCUCGAUUGACAUCGAGAAUGAAAAUAUCGGUUCUUCGCAAAAAGGCUCGGAUCUCGAGGGUGAUCUUGGCGUAGCCGAAGAUAGAUAUCGAUUUCAAUAUCCUUCUUGGUAUCGAAGGCAAUUUGCAAAUCAAAGAUAUCGGACAAAUGAUAGGAGAGAGCCUUAUCGUAACUACUUGAGAUAUCCUGUAUUUCCCGGAAAAUAAAUCCGAAAAAGUUUAAUUUUAAAUCCAAAAGAUUUAAUUUUCGUUCCUCUUUCCUUUCGCUCUUUAAAGAAGAAUUAUAUUUGCAUAGUCAACUUUUUAUAAUAGAUAUAUCUUGAAAAAUAAUGUAAUGUAAAGAAAAAAAGCUUUUUAGAAAAAUAUAUAAUAUUGUGUUAAUAUAGAUGUAAGCAGAUAAUUAUUUAAUUAUUAUACUGUAAUUAGCACUCCAAUUGUAAUUUUUAUUAAUGAUUAAGAAGAUUGUCUCUAAAGCGAUUCUGUAACAGUGUUUUAUAAUUUACGUUUUACCUUUUACAUAUAUAAUUAGAAAAAUAUCUUUUCCUAUAAAACUGGUACUUAUA